AUGCAAGCAAUACUGGAAGAUCUCGCGGACGUUGAGAUCGAGCAACAUCAACGCAAGCCCAGACAAUACUGCUUCUACUCAGUUCCGCCGGCUACAGCUCAAUCUGCCGAAUCAAGCAUUGAAGAUGUGGCAAGGGGCACCAAGAGAGGCUCAGACGGAGCAAGGCAUCUCCGAGCACGACAGGAGACUGGGAACAGCGAAAUGACUGAUCCAUCCCCUACCAAUCCACCUCAUCCUCCUCCUCACAAACGACAAGAGACUGGACAGCGAGAUGACUGGUUCAUCCCUACUAACCCUCGCAGAGAAUAG